CAACAAAAUAUAUUGGCAGAUAUUCUGAAAUUCUUAUAGUAGAUAAUACUCACAAAACAAAUAUUUAUAAGUAUCUUCUUAUUAGUGCUGUCAAUAUUAAAAAUAUUAGCAAUAAAAAAGAAGUAUUGGCAUCUUACCAAAUUGUGAUAACUUGGAUAGAAGAUGAAAUCUUUAUGUCUAACAAAGAUCAAGCAUUACAAAAUAAUACAUCUAAA